AUGCCCUCCGAAGCCGAAAUUUUGGCGUCGUACCCUCAGGUAUGUGCGCCCACGCAGCAGACCGGCUACACGUCCAACUUGACUGCUGAUCAAAAGGCCACGAUGUUGCAAUUCCGUGAAGAGUUGACUAAGUUGGGCUACACGUUGCGCUUGGACGAUGCUUCGUUGCUUCGUUUCUUGAGAGCCAGAAAGUUUGACUUGGCUAAAGCUAUCCAAAUGUUUGUGGCAUGUGAGGACUGGAGAAAGCUGUUUGGCACCGAUACUAUCUUGGACGACUUCCACUACCACGAGAAGCCCUUGGUUGCCAAGAUGUAUCCUCAGUACUACCACAAGACCGACAAGGAUGGUCGCCCGGUGUACUUUGAAGAGUUGGGCAAGGUUUACUUGCCAGACAUGUUGAAGGUGACCACCCAGGAACGUAUGUUGAAGAAUUUGGUGUGGGAAUAUGAAUCUUUCACUCAGAGAAGAUUGCCUGCGUGCUCGAGAAAGCAGGGCUGCUUGGUGGAGACCUCAUGUACUAUCAUGGACUUGAAGGGAAUUUCGAUUUCUUCUGCUUACCAGGUGGUUGGUUACGUCAAGGAAGCUUCAAAGAUUGGUCAGGACUACUACCCGGAGAGAAUGGGUAAGUUCUACCUUAUCAAUGCACCAUUUGGCUUUUCUACUGCGUUUAAGUUGUUCAAGCCAUUCUUGGACCCUGUCACCGUGUCGAAGAUCUUUAUUUUGGGCUCCUCAUACAAGAAAGAGUUGCUCAAGCAGAUUCCUCCCGAGAACUUGCCUCUGAAGUUUGGAGGUAUGUCGAAUGUCUCUGAUCAGGACUUGUAUUUGAAUGAUUUCGGCCCAUGGAGAGAUAAAGAGUACAUUGGACCAGAGGGCGAGGCCCCACAUGCGUUUGAUGCAUAA